AUGUUCCCGGGAGUUUUCUAUGCACUGCUGGCGGGUUUCCUCGGGGCCGUGGCGUCGUCGUCGGCCAAGCUGUCCCUCGGAGCCGACUAUCUGAAGGGAGUCUGUGAAACCGGACUCCGGACGUGGGGAGAGCAGCGGAAAUUUAGACAAGCGGACGAAACUACCGCCUGUGACCGGCUCCAUAUCCCCCUGAGGCUGCUGUGUGGCGGGCUGCUUUUCACCUGCAAUGCUGUGAUGUGGACCUUCCUUGCCAAAGCUCUCAGGUACUCCUCUUCCUCCACCCGAACCACUGUGACCACCACCGCCUCCAACUUCAUAUCUUCCGCUUUUCUGGGGCAGCUGAUCUUUGGCGAAGCCCAGAUAACAUUGUGGUGGGUUGGGAUCUCCCUGACCUUCUCCGGUCUGCUGGUACUGCAGAGGGUUUCACCGCAGGAUGGACAUCAGAACACUGUCGCCAAGGACGAAUAA